AUGCCAGUGCCGACGGUCCCAUCUGUUCCCCACUACACACCUGCGCCUCCGACUCAGGAGCCUCUUGAGUAUGCGAACCUCGCAAUUCUUGAUUUCGCCAAGCUAGAUACUCCCGAGGGAAAGAAAGAACUGAUCGAACAAGCCCGCGAUGCUUUGAAUACGGUGGGAUUCUUCUAUGUUGUCAAUCAUGGAUUAUCCCAAGCCGAGAAUGAACGCAUUGUCGACAUCGCAGAUGUCCCCUUCUCUCAAGUAGAAGACGAAGAAAAGCGCCUCUAUACAGAAAACAUCAAGCAAGCUGGCUCAUAUGAAGGUUACAAAUUAAGACAAUACUGGCACAUUGAUGCUGGUGUGCGCGAUCAAAUUGAGCACUACAAUAUUCUUCGCGACGUGACGAAAAAGCAGCAUCCGAAGGCCCUGAGACCUCUUCUUCCUGAGAUCGAGGCGUUUUCAAAGUUCAAUCAUUACGAGGUUCUCCAUCCCAUCCUUCGCUUGUUGGCUCUCGGCAUGGAAUUGCCUGAGGACACUUUCGUGAAAAGCCACAACUGGUCUGCAGUGGGAGAGACCUGGCUGCGAAUGAUGAAAUACUACCCUCGUUCUGAGGACGACGAAACAAAGACCAAGAACGUGUGGCUCAAGGGGCACACCGACCUCGGAAGUAUCACAAUCCUCUGGAGCCAACCAGUUGCCGCUUUGCAAAUCCUCUCUCCCGAUGGUAAAUGGCGAUGGGUCAAGCAUAUCGACAACGCACUCGUCGUCAACGCUGGCGACAGCAUGGAAUUCCUAUCUGGUGGCUUCUACAAGGCGACCAUCCACCGUGUGGUUCAACCUCCCGCAGACCAGCGCGGCUACACUCGCCUCGGAUUAUUCUAUUUCGCGAUGCCAGAUGACGACCUUAAGCUCAAUCCGCACGUUGAGAGCCCCGUUUUCCAGGAGCGGGCCGUUAAGCGACGCUUCGAUGAAGAAAAUACCCCCACGAUGGAGAUGUGGCGCAGAGGUAGGAUCAGCGCAUAUGGGCAGUCACAGCUUCAAAAGAAGGCGAAUGGCGACGAACAGCAGGUUAUCCAUGGGAUUGUGGUGACACACUUCAAUUAG